AUGAUGCAGGAGUCGGCCAAUGAGACAAUAAGCAACAGUUCAAUGAGUCAAAAUGGAAUGUGCAGCCUAAGCAGCCAAUUAGAUGCUGGCAGUAGAGAUGGAAGAUCAAGUGGGGAGACGUGCAAUGAAAUAAGCGCAGUCGAGCUGCUGCAUCUUCAACAACAGCAGGCCCUACAAGCAGCAAGGCAAUUACUCCUACAGCAACCAGGCAGUGGCCUGAAGUCUCCAAAGAACAACGACAAACAUCGUCCGUUGCAGGUGCCAGUAUCUGUGGCAAUGAUGAGUCCACAGGUUAUCACUCCCCAACAGAUGCAGCAAAUCCUUCAACAGCAGGUUCUGUCCCCCCAGCAGCUCCAAGCACUCCUACAACAACAGCAAGCAGUCAUGCUUCAGCAGCAACACAUGCAGGAAUUUUAUAAAAAACAACAAGAACAACUUCAUCUACAGCUUUUGCAGCAACAACACCCAGGCAAACAGGCAAAAGAGCAACAACAGCAGCAACAUCAGUUGGCAGCACAGCAGCUGGUCUUUCAGCAACAGCUCUUGCAAAUGCAGCAACUGCAGCAGCAACAGCACCUGCUCAACAUGCAGAGGCAGGGCCUCCUCUCUAUGCCGCCAGGCCCAGGACAGCCCACCCUCCCAGGACAGACUCUACCACCAGCCGGUCUGAGCCCUGCCGAACUCCAGCAAAUCUGGAAAGACGUCACCAGCAGCCACACCAUGGAGGACAAUGGACUGAAACACGGCGGCCUGGACCUGAGCAUCACUAACAACUGCUCCACCAACAACUCCAAAGCUUCUCCGCCCAUCACCCAUCACAGCAUCUCCAAUGGCCAGUCCCCAGCUCUCAACAAUCGAAGAGAGAGUUCACAGCAUGAAGAGACCGGAGCGUCGCACUCACUCUAUGGUCAUGGAGUGUGCAAGUGGCCAGGAUGUGAAAGUGUUUGUGAAGACUUUGGGCAGUUUUUGAAGCACCUUAACAAUGAACACGCUUUGGAUGACAGGAGUACUGCUCAGUGUCGGGUACAGAUGCAGGUGGUACAACAGCUAGAGAUACAGCUUUCUAAAGAACGUGAGCGUCUUCAGGCAAUGAUGGCACACUUGCACAUGAGACCCUCAGAGCCAAAACCAUCACCAAAACCGCUCAAUCUCAUCUCCAGUAUCACCAUGUCAAAGAACCUGCCGUCUAUCUCACCCCCCAACUUACCUCAGACUCCCACCACGCCCACCGCCCCAGUCACGCCUCUUUCUCAGAUACCCCAGGUCCCCUCCGUUCUCAGUCCAGCCAACGUACCCAGCAUGGGUGCUAUGCGCAGACGUCACACUGACAAAUACUCCAUGUCUUUAUCUUCAGAGAUAGCCCCAAACUACGAGUUUUACAAGAACGCAGACGUCAGGCCGCCGUUUACGUAUGCAACCCUCAUCAGGCAGGCCAUCAUGGAGUCAAGUGACAUGCAGCUAACGCUCAACGAAAUCUACAGCUGGUUCACGCGCACAUUCGCCUACUUCAGACGCAACGCCGCCACCUGGAAGAACGCCGUACGACACAACCUGAGCCUGCACAAGUGUUUUGUCCGAGUGGAAAACGUGAAAGGCGCCGUGUGGACUGUGGAUGAAAUGGAGUAUCAGAAACGCAGAUCUCAGAAGAUAACUGGGAGCCCGACGCUGGUGAAGAACUUGCCGUCUAGUCUGGGUUAUGGGGCGGCUCUCAAUGCAAGCUUACAGGCUGCACUGGCAGAGACCUCUUUGCCGUUGCUGGGUAAUCCGGGCUUGAUGAACAGUAGCGCAUCUGGUUUAAUGGGGUUGAGCCCCCCAGGACUCAUGGGUGGCAGCCCCACUGGCCUAUUACAUGGCACCAUGCACGAAGAUCUCAACGGCUCGCUAGAUCACCUGGACACCAACGGACACAACAGCCCAGGUUACUCCCCACAGACCCAACUGCAUCCAAUUCACAUCAAGGAGGAACCACUAAAUAUGGACGACGACGACUGUCCAGUGUCAUUGGUGACUACAGCCAAUCACAGUCCUGAGCUGGAUGAUGACCGGGAGCUUGAAGAGGGCAACCUAUCGGAGGACCUGGAGUGACUAUUUUGCCCCACCCCUCAACUGGGGCCCUACCCCUUUCAGGCCCCACCCCUUCAACUUAUCCACAACCACAGAAAUGCAAAAGACUGGAAGCAGGGGGGAAUAUUUAUUUAGCAUGCGUCUGGAGAAUGGCCCAAAGAAAAUCUAUUUCCGCAGAUCUUUAGGGACCACAGAAGGACAGACACAAGACGUCUGCUUUUUAAAACAAAAUAAAAGGAACAACAAAGGACAAGAUUUCAUUUUAAACUACUUGGCCACACAACAAACACGAGGCUCAUGGACCUACUAAAAACUAAAUCGGGAGUGAGUUCGUUCUGUAGAAAGUUAACGGCCACAUAUACUGCCAAAAAAAGAAGUUUUAAGUUUGUGAAUAUCCAAGCCACAGUAGUCGUCGAUGUUAGAUGAAAUUGCUGGUUCAAUUCAAGUUGUUUCUGUGUUCUUUUUUGCAUAUGAGUAGUAUCAAAAAUUAGUGUCACUGCCUGAAUGACAAACUUUGAAAAAGAAAAAAGCAGUAUUGUUUUCAUUUGUUUUCAUUCUUUUUUCAUUCUUGUUUUUUUUUCUCCCCCUUCUGCAACAUAAUGUUCCUCUAAGUCACGUUUGCAGCACCACCAACUGUAAAUGGCAUUUCUGAAAUCAUGUCAAUAACACAACUGUGGUAUCACGACUGUUGCGGCCAUACAAAAAUGGGAAAAAAAAUAGGACUCCAGUCAACUAGCUCUGUUUCUGCUGAAAAGUAUGUGAUUAAGUUGCAUCUUAAAACUGUUUGUGCAAGCACCAUGCCGAGAGAGAAAAAAAAAAAGAUGCGUUUCUGCAUAUUCUUCUAGUCUCUUUACCUCCUUGUUCUAAAGCUUUGUCUACCUGCAAAGAGUCACAGGUGACAGCUAGAAACCAAAGCCAACACUAUCAACGGCCAAUAGCUUAGACAGAAGCAUGCCAGACUCUUUGGUAAGCCUUCUGUGGCUUUAACUAGUACAAAGAGAAGCUUAUUUUCCACUGACUACCUUUAUAACCUCUGGGAUCGUCUCCUUUAGCCCUGUACAAAGAUUCAAAUGAUUUUGAUGUAAUUUUUAAUUGACAGAUGAAGAGCUCACUCUACCCAAGUGAUGUCGGUCAACCCUGUUACGAAUAGUAUGGGAAGACCUUUAUUCAGCUACUGUCAUGGGGUUCGGCUCAACCAAGAGAGCAGCUAUAAAUGGAUCAUUACCAAAAUAACCAUUUAUGUAUCAGUGGAAGUGCAGAAAAUAAAAUUGGAUUGCAUUCAAUUUUGAUUAUUAUUUGCGUAACCCAUCAUGCCGUUGUUUUUUACUAGUGUAAUGUGCUGUUCAUUGUGGCUUUCCGACGUCUCAUGUCUUAUAACUGUACUUUCUUCAGAGCCGAAACCGAAAAAUAUCAUAACCAAACUUUUAGCAUAUCUAGUGAAGCCAAAAAAGUCAUAAUUUCAUGUCGAUAUGAAAUGAUGUGGCUUGGUUAUAUCGUAAAAGCAAAUAACGUAGCCAUUACGGAAAGGGAGAAAUCCAAUUCUCACUGAUGUUUGCUUUGCUCCAUUGGUUUAGACUCAUUGUAUAAUUCAUGGCUAUACAGACACAGCUAGUGUUGGAUCAUGGGAAGGUUUGUGGUUUAAACCAUGUAUGGUGUAAAGUAGCAGCCAUUUAUUUGAGGUAAAACGUAGGAAAAACAGGAAGCGCUUAGUCGCUUUUAUUUGAACAUUGCUGAUGUCAUCGAGUAAAGUGGUUUCUGAUUUCAGUCAAACCAAAGUUACACAGAUCUCUGCCUCUUCUUGUAUAUCAGAUGGGGAUGAAAAUAACACAAAGCCUUUUUUAUUUUCUUCUCUGUUUUAUUUCUGUUUAAAUACCAACCCAUCAGAAAUGGAUAACGGCUUUGUAUUGUAAUUGAUAUGUCAAAGUUUGUCUUAUGUGUAUGGAAACGUACUGUGCAGUUGUUCCAGUUUUGUGCCAAACCGAGGGGAUGUCUGCUAGUUUAGCACACAAACACAUACUUACACACACUCACACACACACACACUAAUAAGGUACAAGCUGGGUCCAGGAACAAAGCUUAUCUCUUACCUUUGCUGGAGUCAGCAAAUUGACUUGAAGAUGACAUUCAUAAUAAUUUUAUCACACCAAAUAUAAGGACGCAGCUUUGAAAAAGAAGAUACAAAAAAGGGUUCUCCCACUUAUCCAAAAAGGCUUUCUACCUCUUCACAACACUUUCUGAACAAAAGAAUGGCAGAUUGCACAAGUCGUUAGAAUGCCACAAACACUUGACAUUUUCUGCUUGAUUCAUCUAGGACAUUGCCAACAGCCAGUUUACAUUCCCAAAGGCAGAUAUGGAAGGUUUGCAUUGAAAUAGUUUGUCUUCAAACAUUUGUAGAAUGAAUAUGUAAAAAAUACCUGUAAGGGGAUAUUGUGUUAUUAAAAAAUGCAUGUCUAAAUUCAUUUGGUGGACUGGAAAUAAGAAUUAAUAAACACAUAUAAUAAAAGUCAGGAUGAUGGACUAAGUAUA